UGGGGUUUCAGCUCGUGGAAAAAAAAACUUUUUCCUGUGACUAAGCUUGAACCAUAAAUGAAAAGUUUCAUAUGACGAUGUUUAAACCCUACUGAUUCAUCGUGUUUUCCCUUCUCUGUGUUACUCUGUUUAAAAGCGAAGUUUAUACAUGCAAUGGAUCCCAGGGGCUUUGAGUGUUGCUGGUUAGGGGGAUUUCCUAUCGAUUGGAAAGACAGAGUGACCUAACGCAGCAUUCAAUGAUGCAUUUCUUUUUCCGAAAUGAGUCGAAGGCCAACAUAGAAACAACUUUCUAAAAAAUCUCUAUUGUACGUGGGCGGUAUCUGGAAAAUGAUUUACAAGGACGGUUAUUUUCUGUUAGUCUACAAAGCCUCCACUUAUUAAACGCUCAACCGUGUAUAACGUACUUUUGUUUUAUCGUGCAUUCACUCAUUUAAACAAUGGGGCCGGUGUGCGGUAGUGAGACUGAUGAGGAUGAGAGUCUGGAGGUCCCGCUUGAUCUCUCUCACUCAGGGAAGCGGCGGAGACGGGGAAACUUGCCUAAGGAGUCUGUACGGAUUCUGAGGGAUUGGCUAUACGAGCAUCGCUAUAAGGCGUAUCCGUCUGAACAAGAGAAAAUUCAGCUGUCGAGACAGGCACAGCUAUCUGUACUGCAGGUCUGUAACUGGUUCAUUAAUGCACGCCGCAGACUGCUGCCCGACAUGCUGAGGAAGGAUGGAAAAGAUCCCAAUAACUUCACCAUCUCUCGGCGCGGGAGUAAGAGUGUGGAGCACACCCCCGCUCAGACGUCAGUGGCGUCCAGCAGUUUUGUCCAAGACCUUGAUGAAAGAUCGUUUGGAUCCACAAGCUCCGGCCCUGAUAAUGGGGAGACCUCUCCAUGCAGCACCUCUUCUUCAGGAGCGUUCCUACCUAGGCCUUCAGUCAUUUGCCACACUACCGUUUCGACACCGAAUGAUGUGCCUUUACACUACUGCCCACCCACCAGCUCAGAGGGAGUGUCUAAAAUGGAUCUUUUGCCAACUGCAGGCUUGGUGCAUACCAAUCCUGGAUGCUCCAAAGAUGCCGUUCAGAUUGGGUCCAACCCGUCCCACCAGAGUGGACUAUUUAACACUCCUCCACCCACUCCUCCGGAUCUCAAUCAAGAUUUCAGCGGAUUUCAGCUGCUGGUGGAUGUUGCGCUGAAACGAGCUGCGGAAAUGGAAUCCCAGUCCAAACCUGUGGCUUAGAUCCUACCCAUGCUGGCUGUCAAACUGACCUGAGGGAAGAACACUACAGGAAAAGCUUGUUCCAUAUGGUAAAAAUAGAUGCUUUAUGCAGCAUGAUGCCUUCUUAUUUGCACAAGGGAAUCCCAAAAAUUGGCUUCCUAUCACAGAAUUGUCUUAACAAAUUGCUCACAUGGAGACUGAUGAAUUCAUGACUACUAUAGAUAGAUGAACCUUUUGUUUUGUAGUUGUUGAUAAUGUGAGAAUUUCCCAUGAUCAUGUGAUUCUUUACUUUCAGUCUGUGCAAUAUUUAGAUAUACAGAGCCUUCUUAUAACUCUUUAUCAUUCCUGCAUGGGAAAAUAAUGUGGCCUCAUGCAUUGUUUAGAAUAACAGUUUUUUUUUAUAUAAUUAUGUAUUGUCACUGGGGUUAAACUGAGUUUUGAUUAUUCUUCAGUCUUUAUUUCAGUGUAAGGCAAUCAACCAUGGACCUGGGUAACAGAACUUACUUGGUCUGCAGUACUGUGCAGACUUUUUUCUCUUUUCAGGUUCCAGUAGUCACAGCAGAACCUGCACACACAAGCAUUCCUGACUCUGGAGACAUUGCUUGACUUGUGGCUUCCUUUCAUUGGUGUGGUUCUGUUUUAUGGCUGUCACACUUGUCCAACUCACUGUAAGGCUGCAUCUGCACAAGAAGUGAUGACCACUGGUUGAGACCAGAACCAACCCCAGAAUAUUUUGGUUCCCUGGUCACCAAUAUUUUUAUGGUCGGGCUGAGUAAACUUUAAAUUUAGCACAAAAUUCUUGAAUGUAUGUCUCCUUAUUGAGAUAUCCUUAUCAAAACCAUAUUGAUGCAUGUGGUUUUGACUUUGCUUGUGUUUUUAGUGGGCACUGAAUGCAGAGGUCUGGGUCAUUCCCUUGUUAACCAUGCGGUUGCUGUGCCUUGCUGGAACAUUGCCUUUAAAACUGUGAGGUCUGGAUGAGUUAAUAAUGGAGUGUGUGUAUUGUCAGUUUGUCACUUUCCAUUGUUCACUGUCUUGAGAUAUUUGAAUGCAGAUUGGAGAUGUUUGGGGUCAUCAAUGAUGGCUGUGCCUUUGUGAUUUCUACAUUUCUAGCUUGUAACUCAUGAAGUUGAGACUGACUUUUAAGUGAAGGAUGUUUUGUUUCUAAAACUGCUGUUACAUAAUUAAUUGAGGUUCCACGAGACCUUUCCUAAGCUUCACCAUUGGAGGGAAGUACAUGGAUGGUAUUUGCUUGAGUUAUGAGGAGCAGGGGAGAAGCUGUGCAGAACAUCAGGACAAAAGUUUAAAUACAUCACUAAGUAUGCUAGGAGGCUAGGAGACUGGUGAAUAUAUUAUUUAGCCACCCAGUGCCGGUUUUGGUUUCUGUCAGCCUGACAAUGCACCUUAUCCCAAAGACCAGGCCCUGUUGCAUUUACAUUCCUUCUCCAGUUUUGCAGUACUGCUGGUUCCCCAACACAAAGCCCUGCGAGCAAUAUUCACUAAAUUAAAAAAAACUAAACUUAGUUGCUGACUCUACAAUUAUUGGAGAAAAUCCUUUUUUUUGUGGCUAAAUACCACUAGUAGCAAUAAUGUACUCUGCAACGCAUUUAGCGGAGAGUGAGAGGCAAAACUAAAUUCUUGUUUCAAUUUCUAGUUUUAAAAAACACAGCAUUGAGGCCUGGAUGAAGGACUUUCAGCUGAAUUGGGAUUUUUCUUUAGCUGAAGAGAAUUUAAAGCUAUUAAACGGUUGUCAUUUCCUUCUCCCUUACUUUGUAUUAAUUUUACCCAGUUUAUACUCCUGUUCACCCUUCUGUACUCUAGACACAUAAAUGCAUGAAUAGUGAUGUUUUUGAUUUUGCCAAGGUUUGCAUAUAAGAGCUGUAAAAUGGUAAAACCAAUGUAAGCUUUUUUUUCAGGUAGUGCUGUGUAUUAGAAAAAAGGUUCUGAUUUUUGCUUAGGUUGGGAGAUUUUUCAAAUGAAGUGUGGUUGUACAAAUUGACCACUUACAUUUUUGAAACAGCCAGCAAUGAGGCUACAACAGGUCCUAUAGUUACUUGAGGGUUAUUGUAUUUGGGUGAGAACCCAGUGGCAUCUCUAAUAGUAACAGCAACAAUUGAAACUUUUAUUCUGGUUCUUUCAAUUGUGUGUGCCCUGCUUCUAAAAUUUAUAGUAGGAGUUGGACCUCUCCUGCACCUUCAUUCCCACCUCCAUAGCACCACUGCUAGAAUUGUAUCCUACCUCUUCUGGAUGCAUCCUGUGGUUUGCUUUCUGGAGGUCCUAAUUUGGUGGUUGGGUUGAGUCAAAAAUCCAGCAGUAGGUUCUGAUAAUACCUUUCAAAAGGGGAAUCUUGUCUCCAUAUCUGUACCUCUUAAAGAAUUAUGACCAGUAUGUUUGGGAUACACUCUAGUUCUGUGACCUUUUUUGUUGUAUAUUUCAUUAUAUCAGUGAUGCUGGAGUCCUGUCAUGCUGUUAAUGGUAGACAUUUAAAAGGCAGCUGAGUUAACACACUGUUAAAAUGACAAUGUCUCUGAAAUGGUCCUAAAUUGAAUUUCAUUGCUGGUGUUAUUCACUUUGCUUCUUUUUAUAGUUGGUCAACAAUAUUGUGUGGAAGUAUAUUUCCUGUUGAAAAUUAAUCAUAAAUCUGUAACUUUUUUUAUAAGAAAAAAGUAGAGUGUCUACUUUUAAACUAGAUGUUAUUUUUAACCCUUCAACCUAGAAGGUAUUUGUACAGUUUUCAUCACUGUGAUCAUCUGAAAUUGUAAUGUAUGAGUGUAGACUGUACUAUAUGAACCUGGUCCAUUUUGCAUUGAUGUUUUGCCUUAUUGACGAAUCAGGAUGCAAAGGCCUGUAAAGACUGACUAAAGCUGCAGUAUUCCUCUUUGCCUUGCCACUGGAUUCUGCAGGCAGGGUUCUUCUCACUUCCUAAUUACAAGGUGGGGGCAUCAGAAUGCAGUUUCACAAUGUACCCAAUUUUGAUUUAAAAAUAAUAAAUUACUU